GGAAACCUGUCCCGUGCCUGCGUUUUUUGCUGACUUACCCACAUACCACAUGCUACCUCUACACUCUACCCGCCGUUGCGUUAUCGUGCUUGUACUUUCCUUUAUCGGAGUUGUCCCACUAUCCCAAACUAUCCCACUAAGAAAAAGUCCGCUUCAACUUCUGACUCUUUAACCCCGCACAACCACUACCUUUCCACCCACUUUACUCAUCCACCUACCCUCCUCUCAAAAAAGUGUCAUAUCCCGCAAUUCAUCUUCUCACAAAACUCCCCUUCAACUCUCCCUUCAAAAACAAUCCUCUGUACAUACUCACUCACACACACACAAACACACGCAACAAUGGCAACUGAACUCCCCGUCCUCGGCGCCACUGCCACCAACGGCGCCAAUGGCUCCCCCACCGACUCCUUCACCGUUAAGACCGGCCUAGCCCGUAUGUUGCAAGGCGGCGUGAUCAUGGACGUCGUCGACGCCGCGCAAGCUCGCAUCGCCGAGGAGGCCGGCGCCUGCGCCGUCAUGGCGCUCGAGCGUGUCCCCGCCGAUAUCCGCGUCGAGGGCGGCGUGGCCCGCAUGUCGGACCCGAAGAUGAUCAAGGAGAUCAUGGCCGCUGUCACCAUCCCCGUCAUGGCCAAGGCGCGCAUCGGUCACUUCGUUGAGUGUCAGAUCCUCGAAGCCAUCGGCGUCGACUACAUCGACGAGUCCGAAGUCCUCACCCCCGCCGACCACGCCCACCACGUCGAGAAGCACCCCUUCACCGUCCCCUUCGUGUGCGGGUGCCGCAACCUGGGCGAAGCCCUCCGCCGCAUCAGCGAGGGCGCAGCCAUGAUCCGCACCAAGGGCGAGGCCGGCACCGGUGACGUCGUCGAGGCCGUCCGCCACAUGCGCACCGUCAACGCGGAGAUCGCGCACGCCUCGCGCAUGUCGGAUACCGAGCUGCGUGUUCUGGCGAAGGAGAUUGCUGCGCCGUUUGAGCUGCUUAAGGAGACGGCUAAGUUGGGUCGUCUGCCUGUGGUUAACUUUGCGGCGGGAGGUGUGGCGACACCGGCGGAUGCGGCGCUGAUGAUGCAGUUGGGUUGUGAUGGUGUGUUUGUCGGGUCGGGUAUCUUCAAGUCGGGGGAUGCGGCGAAGAGGGCGAAGGCUAUUGUGCAGGCGGUUACGCACUUUAAGGAUGCGAAGAUCUUGGCGGAGAUCAGUGAGGAUUUGGGUGAGGCGAUGGUGGGGAUUAAUGUUGAUAAGAUGCCCGAGAGCGAGAAGAUGGCUGGAAGGGGGUGGUAGAGAAGUUAUGGUGGGUGGGUUGGCAGGCAGGCAGGCAGGCAUGUGGAUUGGAAAAUGAGACAGGUGUUAAAAAGGAGGUCAUCCCUAUAGUUGCAGAUCCUUGCAUUUUCAGAAAUAGAAGCGUUGAGUGACUAUAAUGUUUGAAUAGAAUAGGUCGUAUAUACUCAACGAGCUGGCUGCCUGGGUUCAUGUUUUCCUUUCUGUAUGCCUGGUUGAAGAUUGUAUUAUCAGA